AAAAAAAAAACAGUGUCGCCAUAUUGUUUUUAUAGCGAUCGCGCUCCGUGCUGGGUGUAAACAAAUUUACUAAGUUUUAGUUAUUUUCAGUUCGUUCCAAUGGAUGUCAUAAGUCCCGUAUAAUUCGUGGUCUCAUAGACAUGAAAAAACAGGAAGUGCCAUAACUUACAACUUUAUUAUCCGGACAUUAACAUGCUAGAAUCUCGAUUUGUGUUUUUGUUUUUAGUUGUUUAUUCAUCUCAAUAUGUUUCUGCUUCGGGGCCGUUGUGUGUUAACCAGACACAGAAGUGUACAACUCAGGUUCUUGGUCAAAGAAACAAUGACUACGCCUCCUGCACCGUAGAGUACUUCAACCGAGAGGGCUGCAACAGCAUGAGCUUUGGUCCGAUCACAUCCAACGCCCACAUCGGUGGAGUGAUGCUGAAGCCGCACAUCUUGAGGAGGGAGAUCAAGCAGGGCUUGCUGAACUACAACCAAAGCUACACUGUGCUCAAUAUUACGUUCAGCAAUAUUAAGUGGAAGACAAUCAAAUUCCGUUUUGAAGAGCAAAGCAAGAAACCAUUUAAACAAACCCACUGCAGAAACAUUGUACUGUCAAACGAAGCCCACAUAGAUGACCAGUCGGUGCUCUACUAUGACUGCUACUGGCCUGACAGCAUCGACAGUGUGGGGCGCUCACAUAUACUGGACUUUGAGGCUUCGGACGACAACGUGGUUAACCGGGGACAGUAUUACUUCAAUGUUCCGUCGGCGCAAAUGCUGAGCAACACCGUCAAUGCAUCAAACUGGAAACCAUUCGUCUACCUCGAGAUACUCUCCGGCAAAAUCCGCCUCCACAUAAUGGCUCCGCCUAACCAAGUGAAGAUAACCUCCUACCGCAUUCAAGUCCUCAAUGAAUGCAACGGAAAGGAGCAUGACAUAGUGAAAAGCCAAGUGUUACAGCUACAGAAUUACACCGAUGAAGUGACCUAUGAUUAUAGUUUGUUGGGGACACCGGGGUCUUACUAUUUCGUAGUGACCCCACAACAUGAUGGGUGUAAGGAUGAAGUGAGGAAGUGCCAGGUUGUAGAGAGUCCCAGGUUCAAAAUCAGCAACAACGUGCAAAGCUUCAAUAUCUGCAUAGCCAGCAUCUCGGCCCUAAUCGUGGCAACUCUGUUCGCCUACUACAUAGUGCUGCGGGUGCUCCGGCGCUAUUGGUGCCGAGACUACAGGCUUGCUAUGGCUCAAGAGAUACCAGCCCCAACGAAAGUUCUAGUCAUCUACUCCCCGGCCAACCGUCUCCACGCCGAAUGCGUGACCUCGUUCGUGACCUAUCUCCGCGCAGAAUUCGGCUUCGAGAUCAUGUACGACGGAGACAUAUCCUCCACCUCAGACCAGGAUCCCUACAUCUGGGCCGCUGAGGCCUUCAAGAUAGCCACACAUGUCAUGUACAUAGUCGGCCCCGCUGACUUAACCAACCAAUACAACAACAUCUACGAAAAACCAAUCCUCAGCGCUCAUAAAAACUUGGACAACCUCCAACUUUCACUGCUCAAAGCGAACCGAGGAUCUAAAAACCAGAAAGCUGUUAUCAAUGUGAUCUUCGAGUACUCUAACGGACCUAUACCGAUGGAAACUAAGCAUGGGAAGACAUUCUAUCUACUAAAGGAAUGGAACAAGCUGAUUUCUUAUUUGUCAAAGAAUUUGCUGCCAAAGAAACAGCUGGUGCGGACGGAAAAAGGCCGGUGUUUGCUGGAGGAUCUGACCAAGGCUAAGAAAUUGCUGAAUAGCAGUAAUUUUAAUGUGUAAAUUGUUGGUUACGGGACGUAUUUGGAAAGAUAUGGGAUGUAAAUCAGAAGAUAUAGAUACAGGUAUGUGCAAUGAAGAUUUAGGUUAACAUUAUCGCGUUAUCUGUAUAGUUAUGGUUAAAACUAAGAACGAUCUAUCAUGGGAUACUAGUAUUUAAUUCGAGACAAAAAAUUAAAGUAACACACAGAUUAUCUAUUAUGGCUAUGGUUCUUGAUUUUGACUAAACUGAAUCGCGUUACGAAGGUGUUAUAUCGUUAGGGUCAGUGGUUUAGAUGUGGAAUUCUAUUCUCAGGCAGGCCUGAAAAAAAAAGCAUUGGUUUUUCAAUAUUAUUCAGAAAACUUAGUUUUUCGUGCUGGCAAUGUGAUCAGUACAUAUUACAAUUAUGUUGUUCGUUGCCACAGUCUCUUGGGUCACGGAAAUAA